GCAGGGAAAGCUGAGCAACUCGCAGAAGUCGAGCAUCGCCGAGAGCAGCAAGAUGAAAAAAUCGUCGAUUCAGCACAUGCGGAAGGUGAGGGAAGAGCAGAUGUGGAACUACGAGAAGGAGUGUAUGGAAGAGUAUUAGUCAAGGGAUGGAGUUGUUUUCGAUAUGGAGGAGGAUUGUUUGUUAGAAAAACAGCAGAACAAAAACAAAGAUGGAAUAACCGCGGGAGGAUGAAAAUAGAUCAUUUUUCGCUUUUCCUAAUUCCAAUACUUGAAAGAUGGUGUUAGCUGAACUAGGAAAGGGACUUACGAGUGCCCUAUCGAAGCUGCAGACCAGUGUUAUUAUCGACGACAAUGUUGUCAACGAAGUGAUCAAAGAAAUUUCAAAUGCGCUGCUUCACUCUGAUGUGAAUUUGAAAAUCGUGAUGAAGCUGCGAGAAACAAUAAAGAAUCGAGUAACCAUAGAAUGUCAGGCAGCCGGAGUCAAUAAGCACCGCGUCAUUCAGCGAGCGGUUUACGAAGAGUUGGUGAAUAUGCUCUCGCCCGUGGAAGUGCAGCCGUUCAAGCCGGUUCGUGGCCGCAGCAACGUCAUUAUGUUCGUCGGCCUACAGGGUUCCGGUAAAACCACGACAAUCGGCAAGUUCGCUGCGUAUUACAAGCGAAAAGGCUGGAGAACGUGCAUGGUGUGCGCGGAUACCUUCCGUGCGGGUGCCUUCGACCAGCUCAAACAAAAUGCCGUGAAGGUGAAGGUUCCGUUCUACGGCUCCUACACCGAAUCAGAUCCCGUUGUAAUCGCAGAACAAGGCGUGUCGCAAUUCAAAAAAGAGCACUUCGAGAUCAUCAUCGUGGAUACGUCCGGUCGGCACAAGCAAGAAGAAGGUCUCUUCGAAGAAAUGAAGCAGGUGCAGUCGCACAUCCACCCCGACAACAUCGUGUUCGUUCUGGACUCCACGAUCGGCCAGGCGGCCUUCGACCAGGCCCAGGCUUUCCAGCGCACCGUCGACAUCGGCAGCGUCAUCAUCACCAAGCUCGACGGUAACGCGAAGGGCGGCGGCGCGCUCUCUGCCGUGGCGGCUACCGGAGCGCCGAUUAUUUUCACGGGUUCGGGCGAAGGGUUCGAUGAUUUGGAACCCUUCGAAGCGAGCUCGUUCGUGAGCCGACUGCUCGGAAUGGGCGAUGUCAAGGGCUUGGUGCGCGAGAUGAAGGAGGGCGGCAUGCUCAAGGUCAACGAGGACACCAUGAAGCGCAUUCAGAAGGGGAAAUUCACCAUCCGCGAUAUGGGAGAACAGCUGCAGAAUGUGGCCAAGCUGGGGCCGCUGGACCGCGUCAUGUCGAUGAUUCCGGGACUGCCGCAGGGCAUGCUGCCGCAGGGAAUGGAGAAGGAGGGAGGAGAGCGCAUGAAGCGCAUGAUGAUCUUGAUGAACAGCAUGACGGACGCGGAGCUGGAUGGAGAGGUGGAAAUGGACGAGAAGCGGCUGCGACGGUGCUGCAUCGGCGCGGGAUUGCUGCCCGAGGAGGGAGCGAUGUUCAUGCAGCAGUACAAGGCGAUGGAGCAGAUGAUCGGGAAGAUGGGCAAGUCGCCGCUGAUGCGCGAUGAGAAGAUGUUGCAGCAGAUGCAGAGAAACCCGCAGGCAGUCAUGCAGCAGUUGCAGAAGACCAUGAAUCCGCAGAUGCUGGCGCAGAUGGGUGGAGCGAAGAACUUGAUGUCGAUGAUGAAGAAUAUCGACAUGAACGCAAUGAAGAAAAUGAUGGGGCAAUUCUACCCUGUUUGUUGCAAUGAUCCGAAUUGGCAAUCUCUCUCUACUACUACAUUAUCAUUCAUCAUCACCACCUUCGUUCCAUAA